AUGGCUGAGGUCCAAGACGGUUCAUCAGGGAUCAAGUUAUUUGGUGCAACGAUUGCAGUGCAGGAAAACGACCAGCAAGGGAAAGAUGAUGAUCAUGCAAAGAAAGUAGAUCAAAAGGUAGAGAAAAGGCCAGACAAGAUCAUCCCAUGCCCUAGAUGCAAUAGCAUGGAAACAAAAUUUUGUUACUUCAACAACUACAAUGUUAAUCAGCCAAGACACUUUUGUAAAGGCUGUCAGAGGUACUGGACGGCCGGAGGGGCUCUCCGGAAUGUUCCCGUCGGCGCAGGUCGCCGGAAAACAAAGCCACCGUGCCGGGGUUUAUUACUUGAAAGUUGCUUGUUUGAUGCUUCUGGGGUGCAAGUGCAACAGAUGGAGUUUGAUGAUACGGUUGUGGAGAAGUGGCAAGUCGCGGGACACGGCAGUUUCCGGCAUCAAUUUCCUGCGAGGAAGAAGAGAAAUACCUCUAAUAGUCAAAUUUGUUAA